AUGACAGCCAAUGGCGUCCUAGUCAACGAUGUGCCUAUGCAAGGCAAGGGCUUCUAUAGCUCGCAUUCUGAACUCCAACAUGCAGCUAUGCUCGAGGCCCUUCCGUUGCUCCGGCGAGCUACGGCAGAGAUAACGGUCGAGCCAAAUCAAUUAGGCUAUCUGACAGUAGCUGAAUACGGCUCUGCACAUGGAAACAACUCCUUUGAGCCCUGUUCUGCAAUUAUUCAGUCCAGCCCUCUUCCCAAGGACAGCCAAGUCUCGCUCGUCUUCAGUGAUCGUCCUGAAAAUGACUUUGUUGCCUUGUCCUCCAAUAUUGCUGCCUUCGAGGAAAGUCAUUCGAAUGAGCGGCUCUUUACGGCAAUGGUGCCGAAGUCGUUUUACCAGCAGAUUGCGCCAUCGGCUUCCGUCAGCAUUGGCUUCUCGCUUGCCUGUCUCCAUCACCUGGAGCAUGUGCCACCCCUGGCUGAGGGGGAAUCCCCUGUCGAUGCGUCCCGCAUCUCUGUCCUCCGCCAACAAUCCCACUCUGCCUUGGAGCGCUUUCUCAAUCAUCGUGCCGCUGAGAUUGUUCCAGGCGGUGCUCUUGUUCUUUCUUUUGUGGCUCAGGCCUCGACGGGAGAGGAAAACUAUGCCGGAUUGGUGGAUGCAUGCCGUCGAGCGCUGAUGGAGAUGCUCCAGGCCGGUUUAAUCCCGAUGGCUGCGGCUACGGCGUUUGAAGUGCCCACAUAUAACCGCACGCUCCAGGAUCUAGAAGACCUGAAAACAAAUGGAGUUCCUGGAAAGUGGAUAGUCAAGGAGAUCUUUGAGAAACGCGUGGUCCAUCCAGCCGGAGCCGAGCUACGGGCGCGGCAACAGAGUAGCAACCGAGGUACGCAGAGUGAGUUGGACAGCGAGUGGUAUGCAAAGACAGUGACAGAUUGGCUGAUGGCCGUUGUGUCCGGUUAUUUCCUCAAGGCCCUGCGAGUUGGGCUCGCGGAAGAAUAUACCGGAAGAAAAGGACAUGGGCUGCUAGCUGAGUGGGUACAGAGAACAAAGAACGAGUUCCUUGCACAUCACAAGGAUGAGGAUGUCAACUGCUGGUUCAUCUAUAUUCACUUGAAGCGGCUGUAA